AUGGACACUGGUGGUCUCGCUCAAAUGACUUACAACUCUUCCUUCAAUAAUGGCAGCUCCCUGGGCGUGCCCGGGUCUGGCUUCGCUUCACGCGGCAAAGGGUCUCACAUCAAACGCCUUAGUGUGCCUCCCCAGGUUGCCACCAUCGACGAGUCUCAGGCUUCGGCCUCGAUUUCGACACCGCGAACUAGUCGUUCUCAUCUCUUGGCUGGACUGCGUACUGCCCCAAAAUCUGCGACGAUUCCUUCUCACCAUCAACAACGAAGCGGCGUCGAGGGUUCCCGAUUUCCUAGUUUUUCGAACCGAGGAUCAGAUCGGGUUCCACAAACUGCGACUGGAGCUGGAUUCCCGCAGCAGGCGUACGCGCCGAAUCAGAACAUGAAUACGCACCGCAACUCUCAUCAACACUCGCAUCAAAAUUCGCAACACAAUCACAUGGGUUAUACCAUGCCGGAGCAGGUCCUUGCGCCUCCAGUACUCGAGAUGGCUGGUGGUGAUAUUCCCCUUGACGAGGGCAUGUAUGCGGAGUUGAUGUCAACCAACUUGUUCCUGGCUGCACAGCAACAACGCCUGCAGCAGCAGCUGAUCAGUGUUACUGCAGCAGCCCAGCAAUUCCAGAACCUCAACCUGGGAUUGUCCCUUCAGCAGCAGCAGCAACAGCAACAACACCACCACCAGCAGCAGCAUCAAUCUUCGAUGUCCAACGCCAACUUGGGUUUCUAUCAACAGCAGCUUCAGCAGGGUGUUCAACCCAUUGUUCAACCCGUCCCUGGACAGCCUGGAAUGUAUUGUGUAUUCAAUCCUCUCACUGGCCAGCAGAGUUUUGUCAUGGACAACAACUCCCAGGAUGAUGCUCCCAUUCAGUCUCACAAUGAUGCCCAAUCCUAUUACGGUCAGCAGGUGCCCCAAUUCCGUGCUGAGAUUUCUCCUCCCGCCGAUUCUGCCCAGUCUGUUAUGCAGUUCCCGCAGUCAAUUCCCCACCCUGCUAGCAGCCCAUCUCCGCCUCACGAGUCAUCUGUCAACGCACUUCGUCGGGGUCACCGCAAGAACCCCUCAUUUAACCCAAGCAUCAAGACAAACAUAGAUACUACUAAGGCGAACAUAGCCCCUGGUCCUCGGUCCGCUGCCCUUCCCCCAACCCCAGCUACUGGAACAUUUGGACCCGGUCAAGGUCGUGCUGGCGAGCACCCGAUGCGCCAACCUCGCGGACCUCCUUCGCUUGAGGAUCUUGUGGCCAAGCCAACAUCGAAACACGAGGGCAGCAAGAACUUUGCGACUCGUCAGCGACGUCGUGCAGUUCAUAACUUGGUUCGUGCGGGCAUUGAGCGCCGCGGUGAUACGCGCAGUUUUGGAUACCACAGCAGCGGCGGUACCAACACCCCUGCAAGCGAAAAGGAAUUCACCUUUUCCGAUGAUGACGCUACUGUACGUAGCGGUGGAAGCCUCUCCAGCAAGCCCAGCCUUGGCAGCCUCCGGGCGGUAGCUAACGGUGCUAUUGGCUCCGAGAGAAAGGAAAAGUCUGGCAGGGAUCGCGGUUCCCCCGAUAGUCCUUUCCACAGCGCGACCCCGACCAGCGAGGAUGGCUACUUUGGAUCCAAGUUCGUGGAUGUCAGAGGGGACUACGUCUCCUCGCCUAGUGCCAGCGGCACCUCGUCGCCCUCCGUGGCCGCUGUGGUUGCUGGACAGGGGCAGACGGCCCAGGCACCUGAGCGGCGCAAGACGCCUAUGCUGGUGCUGUCCAGUGCUGAAAAGCGCAAGACCCCUUUCAUGUAA